UCAAGUUUCAACUCUCUACAAGCUUACAUCAAUGGCGAAGUCAUCUUCAUCAUCCGUAUCCUCAGAUUCAGACACCUUCCCCGACCCUCAAAAACCACCCCCUCAAACUUCACUCACCACUCUCCUCUCCUCCCUCGACUCCCUCGCCGGUGGCAUUUUACGCAGAGUGGCGGCCGGCUUGCUCGGAGCUGCCUACGUGUGCUUUCUUCUGUUUGUGGUGAUGAUUGUGGCGGUGGUUCUGGGAGUGGGGAUUGUGGGAUUGUGGGUGGAAGACCCUGUUUCGGUUAAGGAAAAAGUGCUGUUUGAUUACUCUGAGCUCAAUCCGAGCGCUACGUUAGCGCUCGGAGAUUUCGGGGGUGAGUUGAAUAAGAUGGUGAUGAGGGAAGUGCCGGUGGGGCAGACUUAUUAUGUGGACUUGCUCCUUGUUUUGCCGGAGUCGGAUUAUAAUUUGCAAGUUGGGAUGUUUCAGUUGGUUGCAGAAGUCGUAUCUAGUGAUGGACAUGUGAUAGAUAGAUCUAGUCAUCCAUGUAUGUUGCGUUUUAGAAGUCUUCCAGUUCGGCUUGUUAGAACUUGCUUAUUUAGCGUACCCUUAAUAUUGGGUAUGAGAUUCGAAACUCAAAAGAUUACUAUUCCAAUAUUAAGGCACAAGGAAGGGUAUCCAAGAACAGAAGCUAUCAAAAUAACAAUUAUUCCACGUGCGGGAACGCUGUUUCUUCCACAACUGUAUGAUGCUGAAAUAAUCAUGAACUCAGAGCUUCCCUGGAAAAAAGAACUGAUUCGUAGUUGGAAAUGGACACUAUAUGUUUGGACAUCGGUUUACAUGUACAUUAUGCUUCUUAUAGUUCUCGGUUGUUGGUUUAGGCCACUCAUGUUUCCAGUUAUAAUAGCAAGUUAUAGUCGUAAAGAAGAGGAUUUCGAUACCGCUACCGAAGUGAGAAGGGAACGACCUCUAAUAACUCAAGAAUCUAGAGAAGUUUCAGAGACACUGAGAAAGUGGAAAGAAAUUAGAAACAAGAGGAAAGAAAUGCUUUUGCAUGGAGUUGCACCUGACACAGAAGGAUCAUCUGCCUCGAGCAUUAGUGUAACUAGAGAUGACAGCUCCAGUACUGCUGAAGAUGCAGGAGACUCAGAAUUUGUGGGUUUCGAUGACUGACUGAAAUUCACAGGUGACAGGAAUCAAGAGACAUUAACAACAUCAUUCUGGAAUUUAUAACCCUUUUUCCAUUGCAUGAGAAACGUCUACCAGAAGAUGAUUCUGGCGGACUCAGUAUAGCGAUGUUUCAGAAUCGUGCCAGUUCUCGUUAAGUUUCUAGUUACUCUGCUUCUCGUUGGUGAUGACACAUCAAUAUGUGCUAGGACCAUUAGACAAUUUUCCCAUGUUGCAAUGCUAUGUAAUUGCUGUACCAGUUUAUAUGUUAUUACUUGGACUGUAUCCGGAAAUCGACAUUUACUUAUAAGUUGCAAGUAGUUUUUAAUUUGGGUUUUGGAUGAUAUUUCAUACUCAGUCCCUUCGAACUGAUUAUAAAAUAUUUAGCA